AUGACUACUAUUGAAAAGAUUGAACGUAUUGCUUGCGUUGGAGCGGGCUAUGUUGGCGGCCCAACUUGUGCAAUGAUUGCUCUAAAAUGUCCAGAUAUUCAAGUAACUGUUGUUGAUAUGAAUAAAGAGAAAAUUCAGCAAUGGAACACUAAUGAACUUCCUAUUUAUGAGCCAGGGCUAGAGGAGGUUGUUUUUCGUUGCCGUGGCAAAAAUCUGUUUUUUUCUGAUGACAUUCCCAAGGCGAUACGUGAGGCUCAGCUUAUCUUUAUAUCUGUAAAUACACCUACGAAGACAUACGGCAAGGGAAAAGGUAUGGCACCAGAUCUGAAAUAUGUAGAGUCUGUAUCUCGUGCUAUUGCCGAACAUGCUGGAGGUUCCAAAAUAGUAGUUGAGAAAAGUACAGUUCCUGUGAAAGCUGCGGGAAGCAUUAUAGCUAUAUUGAAGGAGGCUCAAAAGGUUAAUCCGGCGUUAUCUUUUCAGGUUUUAUCUAAUCCUGAAUUUUUGUCUGAGGGUACUGCUAUGAACGAUCUUGCUAAUCCAGACAGGGUCCUCAUUGGAGGGGAUUCGUCCGAUGAAGGCGUUGCUGCCAUUGCUCAUUUAGUCAGAGUGUAUGAGCACUGGGUUCCUCGUGAGAGGAUUAUUGUUACUAAUACGUGGUCGUCAGAGCUGUCUAAAUUGGCUGCAAACGCUUUCCUUGCACAACGUAUUUCGAGCAUCAAUGCAAUUUCAGCUAUAUGUGAGGUUACUGGAGCUGAUGUUCGUGAGGUUGCGCAUGCUGUCGGCUAUGAUAAUCGUAUAGGAAAUAAAUUUUUACACGCGAGCGUUGGCUUCGGUGGUAGCUGUUUUCAGAAGGAUGUACUGAGUUUGGUAUAUUUAGCAGAAUCUUUAAAUUUGCAGCAAGUUGCUGAUUAUUGGCACGGGGUGCUGGAAAUUAAUCGCUACCAAAGACAGCGGUUUGUCGACAAGAUUAUUUCUGGAUUGUUCAAUACUGUCACCGAUAAAAUUAUUACUCUUUUCGGUUUUGCAUACAAGAAGAAUACCGCUGAUACUCGCGACUCAUCUGCUAUCUACAUUAGUAAGUUCUUGUUAGAGGACGGAGCUAAGCUUGUGAUAUAUGAUCCAAAGGUUCCUGAAACGCAAGUUCGACGUGAACUCUGUUUAGUCACUUCAAAAGAAACAGUUGACAAGCUUGUUGUUGUUUCUCACGACCCUUACGAGGCUGCUGCGAAGUCUCACGCCAUCGUAGUAAUAACGGAAUGGGAUGAAUUCAAGGCAAGGUUAGUUGUGAAGAUUUUUACUAAACUUGAUUAUGAGCGAUUGUACGCCUCUAUGGUCCACCCAGCGUCAAUUUUUGAUGGUCGCCUAAUUCUGGAUCAGAAACGCCUGCGCGAAAUCGGUUUUCAAGUUUUUGCUAUUGGUUCCGCGCCUUCUUUCCCUUAA